CCUGUCCUGAGCAAAGAGAAACCAGCAAGCGGCUCUGCGCUCGCGCUUUCUCGCUUUCCCGGUUGUCAAGGCGCUCGUGGACCGUGUCUUCUCCUUACUGCGGGCAAACACUACAGCCCGCGUCGGAUUUUUGCCGCUUCGGAUAAGUUUUAUGUCACUGACGGACUCUUUGCAUCUUAUUGUUUACACCGCCGUCCUGAAGCCGACCUGCUCUGACCCAGACGGAGAGAAGCCAUUAGACAUUGAAAGCGAAGCAGGUGGAUUAACACAAAGGGGGACAGGGAGAGAAGUGCAGCUUCUUGUGGAGUGCUGGCCCCAGUGACAGAGGAGCACAUGAGGAGCGGAAGUGGCGUGACAGCUACAUCCUGACCGAUAACCUCGCUCCCGCAGCCCGGCGCGUGCCCAGCAACUCCGCCAGGCGAGCGUCAGAAGGAAGGAAACGUGCGACCACUCCUCCCGCAGGCAUGAGGUCCUUUCGUUCCUUCAGCAAUGAUGACCGCCAUGUCAUGGCAAAGCACUCCACCAUCUACCCGUCCUCUCAAGAGCUGGAGGCGGUUCAGACGCUGGUGUCCACCGUGGAGAGGGCCCUCAAACACGUCUCCGACUGGCUGGAUCAGAGCAGCAGCGACGUGCACGCCCACGUGGACGCUCAGCCGGCCGACGCCGCAGAGGAGGACGACCCCGGCGACGAGCCCGGCGACGAGGCCGAAGAGUCAGGCGACGGCUACAGGGAGUCGAGCAGUGGAGGCGUGCUGUGUGGCGUGAUCAGGAUCGGCCUGGUGGCCAAAGGCCUCCUGAUCAAAGGUGACAUGGACCUGGAGCUGGUGCUGAUGUGCAGAGACAAACCCACACAGACACUGCUGGACACUGUCUGUCACAAUUUACCCACACAGAUAGAGAAACUGACGGAAGAUAAGUACGAGGUCACCAGCUCCUUGACCGAGGCGGCCAUCUUGGUACAAGCCACGACAGAACCCAAGCUCACCCUGAAGAUCACCCUCACUUCGCCGGCCAUGAGGGAAGACGAGGAGGAGGAGGAGGAAGAGGAGGAGGAAGAGGAGCUGGAAGAGGACUUGGAGAAUGGGGAAGACGGAGAGGAGGAGGUCGCGGAGGAGAGAGAGGAAGAACAGGAGAAGACGGGGCGAGUGUUGGGUGCUGCUGCGCACAGAGUGGAGGCUGAGGAGGAGGAGGAGGGGGAGGUGCUGGAUAGACACAGAUGUCUGUUGGCCCUGGCAGCGCUGCGACACGCCAAGUGGUUCCAGGCUCGAGUGAACGGGCUCAAGUCCUGCGUUAUUAUUCUCAGGAUACUAAGAGACAUGUGCAAUAGACACUCCGUCUGGGAGCCUCUCAAGGGAUGGCCCUUAGAGCUCAUCUGUGAGAAAGCAAUCGCCACCUGCAACAGACCUCUUGGGGCAGGAGAAGCCCUGCGUCGCGUGAUGGAGUGUCUGGCCUCAGGCAUCCUGCUCCCAGGUGGUCCAGGUUUACAUGACCCAUGUGAGAAAGAGCCAACGAACACACUGGACAGCAUGACUGACCAGCAGGCUGAGGCCAUUACCUACAGUGCCCAGCAUGCUCUCAGACUCAUGGCGUUCGGGCAGAUCUACAAGGUGUUGGAAAUGGAGCCUCUUCCCUCGAAUAAACCAUCGCAGAAAUACCCCUGGACUGACAAAGAAGGCUUAGGUCUAAAGAGACCAUAUGAAGAGGGAGCAAUGGAAGACAAGGACCUCAUUAAGAAAAUGAAAAGGAAUUUAAGGAAAGUCCUCGACAGCAAAGCCAUAGACUCCAACCAGCCAAUGAACGCCCUGAUGCGGCUGAACCAGAUCCGGCCGGGGCUGCAGUAUCGCCUGCUGUCCCAGUCGGGCCCGGUUCACGCUCCAGUCUUCACCAUGUCCGUGGAUCUGGAUGGGAGCGUUUACGAGGCAUCCGGGUCUUCCAAGAAGACGGCCAAGCUCCACGUCGCUGUGAAGGUUCUCCAGGCGAUGGGCUACCCCACUGGUUUUGACUCAGACCUGGACCCUAUGAGUUCGGACGAGAAAUCAGACGGGGAGGGGAAGAGCGAGACGUCCUCACACACUAGCAAUAACCCAACACACUCCUCAGAAAGUUCCAACACACUGGAGGUGCGAACUCAGGGUCCCAUACUGACGGCGAGCGGGAAGAAUCCUGUCAUGGAGUUGAACGAGAAGAGGCGAGGCCUUAAAUACGAGCUCAUCUCUGAGAGCGGAGGCAGCCACGACAAGCGCUUCGUGAUGGAGGUGGAGGUCGAUGGGCAGAAGUUUCGCGGGGCAGGUCCCAACAAGAAGGUGGCGAAGGCCAGCGCUGCGUUAGCUGCUCUGGAGAAACUCUUCUCUGGGCCCAACGCAGCUGCGAACAAGAAAAAGAAGAUCCUGCCUCAAACUAAAGGAGCUCUGGCGGCGGCAGCGGCCGCCUCAGCGGUAGCAGCUCAGGUCGCCCGAGGACGAGGAAGAGCAGCGCUGGCGCGAGGAGCCUUCAUCAGCGCGGCAGCGCCUGGAUACGUCACACCGGGCUUCGGGACCCCGUACGGCUACAGCCCCGCUGCAGCAGCUGCUCCUGCAUACGGUGGUCUGUUCAUUGACAAUCCCUUCUAUCAGCCGCGGACCAUCGCUCCUUUUAUCAUUCAUCUGGGUCCCCAGGAUCUCUUCUCUGACUUCUAAGGCACCAGGUGGCUGGAUCCUCCUCACAUUUACACGCCCACACGUUUUUUUUUUCCGCCCGUUUUGAGCGGGACACCGACGGAUGCGCCGGUUCUAAAACAGCUUUGGUUCGAUGAGAGCGGCGGGAAGACGUCGAGCCGGACAGCGACGCCGCAAAGCGUCCGACCUUUUCACCAGGAGGCCCCUGAGCUCCUCCUUUUGUUUUCUCCCCCUCUCCGUCCAGGUCAUCACGUCAGAGGAGAGAGACGUUACACGAAGCAAUACUCUGAUGCUGCGAGGAACAUCCGGCGGCGACUUCGCCGACCUUGGCUGGAAUUAGGUCUUUCUUGAAGCAAUACACCUGAACUCCUCUCUUCGAGCUUACUUACUUGAGAACAUGUGAAUGUCAAGUGGAGUUUUACCCAACACAGCAUUGCAAUAGCUCAUUCUGAUUGUAUAUUCAUUGUAUGUGUGUGUACAUGUGGCUAUAACAUGACUAUAUACACAUAUAUGUAUGGUGUAUGUUUUUAUGAUGUGUUGACAAUAAUAUUAAUAUGUGAUGAUGUAUUUAUGUAAAUAUAAAAUAUAACUAUUGUUGGUAUAAAUUAUUUUAGAAUUAUAUAGAAAAAUGUAACUGUAAUAUCACACUAUAGCUUUCUUCCAAUUUUAUAUACACUGAGCAAUUGAAGCUAGUUCUAGGUGAUGCAAUAUUAUCUUUGUUAUUCCUGUUAACCUGUGCUGUUAGAAUAAUAAUGCUUCCUCCUUUCCUUCCUUCUUUCCUACCUUCCUACCUUUCCUAUCUGUGAUGUCUUUCUGAGCACGCUCUCUGCUGUCCGAGCUCUGUUUACAUGGCCCAGGCCGGAGGCGCUGGCUUCUGAACUCAUUCGUAACCUAAUCACACCACGACACAGGCGCACACUCCUCUCAAAGCACAUUAUCUAGAGUCUCACUCCUGGCAGGGAAUGCUGUUGUUACAAAUACUAAUAUUUGUGUGUCGUAUGAAUAUCUUCCCCUCACACACACUCUCCCCACCUCCGCGCUCCUACGCCUGUUACCGUAAUGGCAGGAACCACUCUGACCUUGUUCCACAGCACAAGCGAUUCACUCAAUUAAAGGCAAAGCUCUGCUCUAAUCUCGAGUUUAGAAGUUUAAAUUGGAUUUCUUGCCUGUUCAUCACAGUCGGGAUCUGCGUUAGGAAAGUGCGACGUCUAAUUCGGUGGAUAGUGACGUUCCCUGAAAGGAUGUUUUGAAUCUACCGUGUGAUGCCUUUCAUGGACGCUCGGGUGGGACCACAGAUAGAUGUGGCUCAGUUUACUGGCUGCCUGUCAAUCAUGUCUCAGCCUUAAAGCCCCUAAAACAAUUAGUCGCCAUCAAAAUAAAUAUUCACAAUCGAAUUAACAUUUCGGGGUCGUGGCUCGACCCGACUUGAUUGACAGGUGCUUGUCAGUGCUGCUGACUUCUGACUGUGUGGUGACCAGUCACUUAGAGGGAGAGUCAGAGUGAAGAUGUUUUCAGGGAUUUUAAACUGUUUUUAAUGGAGCAGUGUUUCCACUAACACUUAGACUUAGAAAUUAUAUGAGCUUUGUAUUUUAAGACCCGUAUGAAAAUUUGAAGCAUCUUCUAUGUUAAAAAGCCAUUUCUGCGUUGUCUGUAAUGUCGUUGAACUGCAGAAGAAUUGAAGUCUCCAUAUACAUAUUAUUACGUACCUGUAGCUGACUGUGCAGUGGUAGUGUUUAGUGAGAGUUUAGCCCAUUUGUACGAUUAGACACGUGAACUGGAAGUUCUUUAUAAUAUUGUUGGAACAAUACGCAUUUCUCUUGCAUCCAGCGUAGUCGUCAGCAUUACGCGUGAUUUCUGUGGCGCUUCGUUGCAGCUGACAGUAAUUUUUCAGUUUGAGUUUUUAUAAGAGGCGUGUGUCAGUCAGUGUCAGGCAGCAGAGGUGAAAUCCAGCAGAGUGAGCAUCAAAGGCUGCGGCUGCGGCUGCGUUGGCCUUGAUCUGGGCCACGGUUUCAUCUCGCGUCUGCGAAAGGAGUCCAACUCAACAACUCAGACUGUGGUUACACGAAAUGAGGAAUGUCAUUAAAUAACAAUGUCGCAUCGUAUCACAAGAGGCCACAAAUGAGGUCCUUGUUGUUUCAGUUUGUUUAUAGAGAGACACGUUCACAGUCUAACUCCUCAAACAUGCAGCGACAUUAAGUCGAUGUGAUGCUGCACCCAUUCCACCCAAACCCUUCGUUUCUACUGAAUGCAGAUCCGUGCGCUGCUUCUGUCUCACGAUUCCAAGCUCGAGGUUUUCCACAAAGUCACAGAGCGUCUGCGGUGACUUCGCCCCCAAGAGUCCUGAACAAGGAUCUGAGGGAAUUUUCAUCCUCCUGUGGAAUUCACGCUCAUAACUCGGAGCUUUGCUGCGUGGAAACAUACGUUCUCCAUCAGCUAAGAAUUCCCCUAAUUUCCCCUCUGGCCCGAUCUCGUCCCCGUGCUCUCGCUCGGCCCCUGUCCUCUCUCUCUCUCUCUCUCUCUCUCCAGAUGGCCCACAUUAACACGGCAGACAGUCAUACCUGAGUGAGCAACCUGUUCAUUUCCCCAUAGACUGAACAGACAGGCACGAGGACUCACCCCGACCACUGACCCCGUCCUCUUCUUUGGCCUCUCUGAAAGAAGAACUGAUGUGGUGGAGUGAGAGAGUCAGAGCAGGUGGUUCAGUGCAGCAGGUCCCCGUGUUUGUUACUCCAGGAAAUGGAGCAGAGCAAACUCUCAGAAUGUUCCUUAUGAAUGUAAGAAGGCAAUUUGAGUCCAAAGAGAAAUCAGCCUGAGAUUACGUUUUAAAACAUAUAUUUCAAAUAUCCAAUUAUGCUUUUUUGUCAUGUAAGUGUGUGUAGAACGACUCUGAGAAAAUACGAGGAGCGCAGAGGAAAAUGUAAUUACUGCAGCUCCGUUCACAAUCCAAUUAAAACGGCUUCUCCCAUUACGUGGAGCAGUAAGACACAAGGGGAGCUUCUCAACACAAUAAGCCACUAGUCAGACUCCAGCGUGGAACAGAAUGGACUCAGUGUGUUUCCACUGGAGUCGUGUUUGAGGUUUCGGACACUAACGUCUGUUUUCUUGUGAGUAAUGAUUGUUUGUUCUGGACUCCGGGCCCUUAGUGUUUUGAUGGAUGUUCUUCGUCCUCCUAGAAAUUAACUGGGAAAUAUGGCAGCCACUGAACACGCACACACACACACACACACACACACACACACACACACACACACACACACACACACACACACACACACACACACA